AUGUCAGAGACUUCCUCUCAUGACUCCUUCUAUGAUUCCCUAUCAGACAUGCAGGAAGAAAGCAAGAAUGCUGACUUCUUCCCUGGGCUAUCUGCUUUUCUCAGCCAGGAAGAGAUAAACAAGAGUCUUGACCUGGCCCGGAGAUCUAUCGCCAACUCCGAAACGGAAGAUUUUGACUCAGAAAAGGAGAUCUCGCAGAUUUUCAACACCUCUCCUGUAAGCCUCUGUGAAAACCCUUCCCAUAAGGAGACCAAGUUUGGUGAGUCAACCUCCUCAGGAAGACCUCAUGAUAAUAGGUCAACACCUGUCCAGCCUCUGCCUGAACAAACCGCCCCUAUCUCUUCACCUGCUUCAAAGAGGAAACCUGCCAUAUCACCCCUGCUUGCCAGCCCCAGCUAUAUCCGGAGCCUCCGAAAGUCUGGAAAACGUGGUGCAAAAUCUCCCAACCCAAGUGUAAAGCCCAAACCAGCAUAUCAAAGUAAGACUGGCCCCCAGAGCCAGCUAUGUGACAAGGCGGCUAAUUUCAUUGAGGAGCUGACGUCCAUAUUUAGAGAAGCAGCAAAGCCAAGAAAUAGAAGCCCAAAUGGGGAGUCCUCAUCACCAGACAGUGGGUACUUGUCUCCUAAAAAUCAGCCAUCAGCCCUGAUGGGUGCCUCAGCCAGCCAGAGCCCCACUGGAGACCAACAGGAGAUGGAAGCAGAGGUCAAGUUGCCCGAAGCCAGGCAUCGUUACCAGAAAGACCAGAACAAGGCAGUGCCAUGCAAUAACAUGCCUCACCCACAGCCUCAGAAUGCACUCCGCUUGCCCUCAGCUCCAAGAUUCAUCCAGAAGCUUCGGAGCCAAGAAGUGGCAGAAGGAAGUAAAGUUUACUUGGAGUGUAGAGUCACCGGAAACCCAACUCCUCGGGUCAGAUGGUUCUGUGAGGGGAAGGAGCUACAGGACACUCCCGACAUUCAGAUCCGCUGUGAGGGUGGGGACCUCCACACCCUGGUCAUAGCAGAGGCCUUUGAGGACGACACAGGUCGCUAUACCUGUCUGGCUACAAACCCCAGCGGCUCAGACACAACAUCUGCCGAGGUGUUCAUCGAAGGUGCCAGUUCAACAGAUUCUGAGAGUGAAAGUUUAGCUUUCAAAUCAAAACCUGGAGCCAUGCCACAAGCUCAAAAGAAAACAACUUCUGUUUCCUUGACAAUAGGAUCAUCAUCUCCAAAGACAGGAGUGACCACAGCUGUGAUUCAGCCAUUAUCCAUCCCUGUUCAACAGGUUCACAGUCCAACCUCGUAUCUCUGCCGACCUGAUGCAACCACUCCUGCCUCCUUUCCUCCAAUUUUUACAAAGGAACUGCAAAACAUAGCUGCAUCAGAGGGUCAGGUGGUGGUACUGGAGUGCCGGGUCCGAGGAGCGCCCCCUUUGCAGGUCAAGUGGUUCCGACAAGGGAGUGAAAUCCAAGACUCUCCAGACUUCAGAAUUCUACAGAAAAAACCUAGAUCUACAGCUGAACCUGAGGAGAUCUGUACCCUGGUUAUCGCUGAGACUUUCCCUGAAGAUGCAGGGGUCUUUACGUGCUCCGCAAGAAAUGAUUACGGCUCAGUAACCAGUACUGCCCAGCUGAUUGUCACCUCAGCCAACGCUGAAAACUGCAACUAUGACUCAGUGGGAGAAUCCAACAGUGAUCACUUCCAACACUUUCCACCUCCCCCUCCCAUCUUGGAGACAAGUUCCUUUGAGUUGGCUUCAAAGAAGCCAUCCGAGAUCCAGCAGGUGAACAGCCCGGAAUUAGGACUUAGCAUGGCAGCCCUUCAAAUGCAGUUCAGUUCUGCUGAGAGGGAGACGAACGGAGUCCAUCCCAGCCAUGGAGUAAAUGGACUGAUUAACGGCAAAGCUAACAGUAAUAAAUCUCUGCCAACACCAGCUGUCCUCCUUUCACCCACUAAGGAGCCACCACCUCUGCUUGCCAAACCCAAACUGGGAUUUCCAAAGAAAGUCAAUAGAACCGCUAGAAUAGCUUCUGAUGAGGAGAUUCAAGGCACAAAGGAUGCUGUCAUUCAAGACCUGGAACGAAAACUUCGCUUCAAGGAGGACCUCCUGAACAAUGGCCAGCCGAGGUUAACAUAUGAAGAAAGAAUGGCUCGUCGAUUACUAGGUGCUGACAGUGCAACUGUUUUUAAUAUUCAGGAGCCAGAAGAGGAAACAGCUAAUCAGGAAUACAAAGUCUCCAGCUGUGAACAGAGACUCAUCAGUGAAAUCGAGUACAGGCUAGAAAGGUCUCCUGUGGAUGAAUCAGGUGAUGACGUCCAAUAUGGGGAUGCACCUGUGGAAAAUGGAGUGGCACCGUUCUUUGAGAUGAAACUGAAACAUUACAAGAUCUUUGAGGGAAUGUCUGUAACUUUCACAUGCAGAGUGACUGGGAAUCCAAAACCAAAGAUCUAUUGGUUUAAAGAUGGAAAGCAGAUCUCUCCAAAGAAUGAUCACUACACCAUUCAAAGAGAUCUUGACGGGACCUGCUCUCUCCAUACCACAGCCUCCACCCUAGAUGAUGAUGGCAAUUACACAAUUAUGGCUGCAAACCCUCAGGGCCGCAUCAGUUGUACGGGACGGCUAAUGGUACAGGCUGUAAACCAAAGAGGUCGCAGUCCCCGCUCUCCCUCAGGCCAUCCUCAUGUCAGAAGGCCUCGUUCUAGAUCAAGGGACAGUGGAGAUGAAAACGAACCAAUUCAGGAGCGAUUCUUCAGACCUCACUUCUUACAGGCUCCUGGAGACCUAACUGUUCAAGAAGGAAAACUCUGCAGAAUGGAUUGUAAAGUCAGUGGGUUACCAACCCCAGAUCUAAGCUGGCAACUAGAUGGAAAACCUAUACGCCCCGACAGCGCUCACAAGAUGCUCGUGCGUGAGAACGGGGUGCACUCUCUGAUCAUAGAGCCAGUCACGUCACGAGAUGCUGGCAUCUACACAUGUAUAGCCACUAAUCGAGCAGGACAAAACUCAUUCAGCCUGGAGCUUGUGGUUGCUGCUAAAGAGGCACACAAACCCCCUGUGUUUCUCGAGAAGCUGCAAAACACAGGAGUUGCGGAUGGGUACCCCGUGCGACUGGAAUGCCGUGUUUCGGGCAUGCCACCGCCUCAGAUAUUUUGGAAGAAAGAAAAUGAGUCACUCACUCACAGCACUGACCGAGUAAGCAUGCACCAGGAUAAUCAUGGCUACAUCUGCCUGCUCAUUCAGGGAGCCACAAAAGAAGAUGCUGGGUGGUAUACAGUGUCAGCCAAGAAUGAAGCAGGGAUUGUGUCCUGUACUGCCAGGCUGGACGUUUACACCCAGUGGCAUCAGCAGCCACAGAGCACCAAGCCAAAAAAAGUACGGCCCUCAGCCAGUCGCUAUGCAGCGCUUUCGGACCAGGGACUGGACAUUAAAGCAGCCUUCCAACCUGAAGCCAGCCCGUCUCACCUGACACUGAACACUGGCUUGGUGGAAAGUGAGGACCUGUAA